GUUGAUCUCAGUGGCACUGACGACGCUUCUAUAUUCGAUACUUGUCCAUUGAAAAUAUACAAUCAUCUAGAUCCACAACUGCGCCAAUUUCACAACCCGCAGUACAAUCCCAAAGCGGGCUGUACACUGUACGAACCUCUCACGAUCUUAGAAAACGGGACGUUGAGAACUACGGAGAAAGCGAAAGGCUACAAGUGUAUUUACAAUGAUCACGAUACUAAAUACAUAGCUGAUCCAUGGAUCAUUCUUCCAUCUGAAGAGCCAUUCAGGUGUGACAUAAUCGAGUCACAGUGCAGCAAUGGCAUUUCAUUCUCAAGUAAUGAGUCAUACCUUCACAUGCAGAUCUACGAAACUGGG